CCAAUUUGAUGCAUUACAGGCGGAGAUUGAAACAUUAUCGGAACAAGUUGAUGAUGAAUAUAACGAGCGUAUACAAUACGAGGAGCAGUAUUAUAGUCUCGUAGGUGUGGCGCGCAGUAUGUUAAAUAGUGCAACGUCAUCACCACCUUCUCGCGAUGGAUCGGUGUCGGGAGAACAAAAUGUCAACUAUACUCCUAAAUUUAAUUUACCGGUCAUCAAUGUACCACAGUUCGGAGUCAAGGCCGUGCAUUUAGAGCUUGUGACAGAUCUUAGCAAGGACGCAUUCUUGGCUGCGUUCAAUCGUUUCAUAUCAAGGAGGGGUAAACCUCAAAACAUAUAUUCCGAUAAUGGUACAACCUUCGUAGGAGCAUGCAAUGAUCUUAAACGUUUUUUAAAAUUUAAUAAUCCUUAUAUACAAAGUAAUUUAGCCGAACUUAAUAUUAAUUUUAAUUUUAUACCGCCAUAUUCGCCUCACUUUGGGGGUAUUUGGGAGGCUGCAGUGAAAUCUGUUAAAACUCUUUUGUAUCGUAUUUUAAAUUUAACACAUCUAGUUUAUGAGGAACUUUCAACAUGUUUAUAUCAAAUAGAAGCAAUCCUUAAUUCAAGACCUCUUACGCCUUUGUCCACAGACCCUCUAGACCUUACCUUUUUAACACCAGCCCACUUCCUUAUUGGACGACCGCUCAUGUCUGUUCCUUAUCCCCCACUUCAAGACGUGAACAUUAAUAGACUUCAACGCUUUCAGAGAAUAGAGAAGCUGAGACAGCAUUUUUGGAGCCGCUAUACACAUGAAUAUAUACAUCAACUUCAACAGAAACAGAAAUGGCACGCAUCUUCUGGGAAACUGGAAAUCGGAGACAUAGUCCUGAUCAGGGAUGCCAGUGCACCACCAUUACUUUGGUCUAUGGGGAAAGUAAUAAAGCUGAUGAAGGGCAGUGACGGAGUUUGCAGAGUUGCCGAAGUACAAACAAAGAGAGGCCCUAUAAUUCGAAGUUUUAACAAUCUCUGUCCUCUUCCAGUUAAACAAAUUUGAAGAUCAUAAUCUUCAAGGCCCGGGAGUAUGUUCGCGACAUCGCGCACCGGCAUAGCUGACAGGGCGGUGGCUUGCUGCGUAUACGGCUGGUGUUGCGUCCCUCCGCGCGCCCCUCCCCUUCUAGCGGUCACUUCUACUCUUAGCCGCACCGGGCUCACAUCAAAUAAUAUCAGUCUUUAUAAGCAUAUAUAUUUUCUACAAUAAAUACAGUCUACUUGC